CAGAAAAAGCCGAGUGAUUCUCGCGUCGAGUGUUUUUCAGUGCGCGCGCGUGACCGCUGCGAUGGCUCAAGACGAUCGAGCCUGCUCGAGAAAAUUGAAAAGUCUGCGCCAAAGCGUCGACUGGGAGAACGAGGCGCAGCGCGACGAACUCUACGAGCAGCUGUACGAGUUGAUCCGAGACUGGGAGGGCCGUUAUCCGGAUCUACGCGACAUUUUUCGGCCCGAGGAGAUCGACUGGCUGCUCAUGGAGUCCGUGAGAAACGAGAACCGAGAGAUGGACGCGGAGCCGCUCGUCGACUUCGUCGUCAGGUGCGGCUACAAGGACGAAGCGGACGAAGAUGUCUCGGUGCGUCGCACCACCGCACUGCACUACGCCAUCGGUUACAGAUUUCUCUGCGUCGUGCGUGGCCUCUUUCAGAUCUACGACAGAUACGACGUGAAUUACGUCGACGAGGAGUCGGGCCUCACGCAUUUUCAUGCCGCCUGCGUGGCCGGCUACGAGGCGGCGGUCAGACGAUUCCUCGAGCUCGGCCGGGUGGAUCCUAACUUACAGCCUAGUGCGGCUGCCGAUCCACCUCUGCACCUGGCUCUGACGCAUCACAGGCGCGAAGUGACCAAAUUGUUACUGAAACACGGCGCCGAUCCCAAUCUGGCCAACGCCAAGGGAUCGACGGCUCUGCACGUCAUGUGCGAGGAGCACAUCGACUACGACCUGGCGGACAUUCUGUUCGAUUUUGUUAGUGACGAGUUUGGCCCGGUGCUCGUAGACGCCCGAGACAAGGAGGGCAACACGCCGCUGCACCUGGCGCUGCGCCACGGACACCGUAACCUGACGAAGCUGCUGCUCGCGAGAGGCGCCGACCCGAAUAUCGUCAACGAGGACGGAGAGACUCCGCUGCACGUCAAUUGCCAGAGAUACCGCGACGACGAUCUGGCCGAGCUGUUCUUCAAGGUCAACGACGAGAUCAAGCGGACGCAGGUGCGAGUCAAUGUCCAAGACAAGCUGGGCCGUACACCGCUGCAAUUCGCCGUGGCGAGAUUCCUGCCGAACACCGUCAACUCGCUGCUGAAUCGCGGCGCCGACAUGUCCAGCUUCGUCUUUCCCGCCUCGAGUCAAUUUCGCGAGAGGAUCGAGUCGCGCUUCGACGAGACCCAGUUCAAUUUCAAACUCGGCCUGGCCGUGGGCGCUCUGCUGGUCGUCGGGCAUCUCGAGCGUCGAGGAUACACCCUGGAACGCGGUGACGCCCUGACGAUCAUGCGUCUAUUCGCGAGCUACGGAUUGUUCGAGAAGACGACUCCGGAGGUCGAAAACUGGUACGACGACGAGGAGUUCGCGAGAACGGCCAAAAAGCUGACGAUACGCCGGAGUCUGUCGCUGUACGAGCUGAUCCGGCUGCGAGCCGAGGAGGCCGCCAAGCUGAUUACCUGCAAGGAUUACCUCAAGGUCGCGCGCUCGCAAAAGCUGUGGUUCCUGCCGCACGAGCCCAUCGACGCCUGCGCCCUGCACCUGUGCGAGAAGGCGUCGAGAGGAUUUUUUCGACGAUGGGCGCUGGAUCCGUUGCUGAAGCUGACCGGUCAUCAGUUGCCGAUUCUUUGUUGCGAGAAAAUCAUCAAGCUAUUGAUGAAUCAAGAUUUGUGGCAUAUUUGCUUGGCCGCUGCGGAGCAAGAUGAAUAUUCAAACUAACGAUCGACGUAUGGCUCAUGUGCGUGAUAUAUAGCAGUACUAUGAACCCGAAGUAUGCAAACAAUGUAUGUAAUAUGUAUACGAGUAACAACGACGCUUAUAGCGCGCGAAAACCGUUAGAGACACCUGCGUGUCUCGUGUACCGACUACAUAAUUAAAUUAAUUAAUACAUUCACCUGAAAAUUUAAUAAGAAUUAAUUCCUAUCAUUAUCGCGGUGCAUGGCAUGA